AUGAGCUUGAUUAACAGAUUGACCCUGUUCAGGCCAAUCAUGUCGGUCUCUGCACAGAGAAUGACCUUUGCAACCUCCUCGGUUGCUUUUGAGUUUCACGUACUCUCAAAAGCGCAAAGGAAAAUCAGAUCCGAAACCAAGAAGAAACAGAAUAGGGCUCGUCAGUUGGCUAAAUUGGAUGCUUUGGAGAAGGUUGAUCCAGUUCUUGGAAGAGCUGACAAUCCUUUCAUUACAAGAAUACGGGCGGAAGUUACUGAAAAAGACGUCCUGGGCAAGGGUUACGAUUUUGAGGAGGUGGAGAAGCUCAUUUAUGGAAUUAACCAAGCACGACUGUCCAAGUUGGAAAACGACUAUGUCCGUAGUGUCUCCAACUCUCAAACGGAAACCAUUAAAGAGGUAGUGAUUCGUGUUUUAUCUAUGAGGAAUUCAAACAACCAAGAUAGAAAGAAUCUUGCUGUUGCUUUUGCUCGUAAGGAGUUCGAAAGAUUUCCUGGAGAUACUGGGUCUUCCGAAGUGCAAGCGGCUGUACAAACCCUCAAAUUAUACUUUUUAAUGGACCACAUUCGUCAGAAUCCUAAGGAUCUUGACAAGAUCCGAAACGCAAGAAUGUUGGCUCAACAGAGACAAAGAAUUCUCCGGUACUUGAAGAGAGACGAUCCUCAAAGAUACUUCUGGGCCAUCCGCAAGCUUGGGUUAACUGAUGAAGCCGUUCACAUGGAAUUCAACUUUGAUAAGCGUUAUAUGCAAGAGUAUGAAAUAUGGCCAGACCGUGUCCUUGUCAAAGAAAGUAAGAAACAAAUUGAAGAGAAGCGCAGAGAGAGACGUAAGGCCAAAAAGGCCAUGAGAUUAGCAAUCAUCCAAGAUGGUGUGGGUGAGUCCGCAAGUAAGACCGUGUAA